GACCCUCUGAGCUGUGGGAGAGCAAAGAACACGACACACUGCUGACCGUGGAUCUGUUUCACUCUUACCGGGACUAACCGGAACUGUGGACGUCUGUUUGUCCGUCCGUCUGUCUCUGUGUCUGAGCUGCUUCCUUUUAGUCGUUUUGUGUUUGUGUUUUGGACUCUGGACACUCUGGACUCCACGAUGUUUUGUCCUGUUGUUUUAGGUCACGUUCUGUCCUUGUUUUCUCUCUGCAGCGCUGCACUGAUGGCGCGGGGGGACUGCCCAGCCCAGUGCUCCUGUGCCCCCUCCCCUCCUGCAUGCCCGCUGGGUGUCAGCUGGACGACCGACCGCUGCGGCUGCUGUAAAUUAUGCGCUAAACAAUUCAAUGAAGACUGCAGCGCCGCUGAGCCUUGCGACCACAUCAAGGGGCUGCGCUGCCAUCUGGGGGUGGGGGGCGACCCGGAGAAAGGCCUGUGUCGAGCUGAGGCUCAGGGUUUGCCGUGCCACUUUAACGGGCACGUGUACCAGCACACUGAGGACUUCCAGCCAAACUGCCGGCACCAGUGCACCUGUAUGGACGGUGUGGUGGGCUGCAUGCUCCUGUGCCCUCAGAGUGUGCCCACGCCUAACUGGCACUGCUCCCAUCCGCGGCUGGUGAAGUUGCAGGACGGCUGCUGUGAGGAGUGGGUGUGUGAAGACGACAACCACAUCAACGAGGAGCCAGACGAGCUGACACACACCUCCAAUCCAGACCGCCAGUCCCCCACCAACCACAUCAGUGCCGUGCUGCAGGAGGAGCUGCAGCCGCGCCACCAAACCUCCACUGAAGGGGGCGCCGUCAGAGAUGCUGCAUCAUUCCCCUUGUCUAAGGAUUUAAUGGCAUUCACCUGUUUGCCACAAACCACUGAGUGGACGGAGUGUUCCACCAUGUGUGGAAUGGGCGUUUCAAGCCGUGUGACCAAUAAUAAUCCAGAGUGCUGGCUGAUUCAGGAAACCAGACUGUGCCAAAUACGACACUGUGAGCUGGAGCUUUCUUUUGGGAAGGAGGAAAAUAAGUGCAAAAGAACCGUUCGGCCUCAUGAAGCAGUUCCCAUCACAUUUGGCGGCUGUUCGACGGCUCAUCGUUAUCGUCCUCGCAUAUGUGGAACUUGCUCUGAUAACCGCUGCUGCACACCGUCAGUGUCCCGCACUGUGCGGCUUCACUUCCUCUGUCCAGAUGGAGAGGACUUCCACAGGAGUUUUAUGUGGAUCCAGCGCUGCAGCUGCAGCACGAGCUGUCGCAGAGAUGGCCUGGUGUCCGGCCCUUACAGCCUGGCACCCGGCCCUUACCUCAGCCUCCAAAACGACAUCCACACUUUCAGGCACUGAGGCCUGCACUGGCCCAGGGGGCAAGGCAAAGACUCUGCACCUGCACCCCCCCACCCCCCCAACUGAACCUGUCACCUGGUGCGGGAAGCCCGGUGGCACCAUCAGCUCCAUGCACUUUAAGCUUCAUGAUGACAUCACCUCACUGGAGACAUGUUAUAGUGAAAAAGGGCAGAACUGUUAGCA